AUGACGAAGAAGAGGAAAAAGAGGAGUCCGACUCCAGAAGAGAGAGAACUUCCACAGGAUAAAAGUUGCAAGAAGAAAGAGAAGAAAGCAAAGGCUCAAGAUGCAGAAGAGAAGACCAGCUGCAGUAAAAAUAUUAAGAAGAGACACACUGAGAAAAAAAAACAAAUCAGUGUAGCGGAGAAGCCCACUGAAGAUGGAAGGAAGAAAAGAAAAUGGAUUAAAGAAGACCAAGCAAAGAAGAAAAACGAAAGCUUCUCAGAUGAGACCAGUAAACCUAGGAGCAAGAAGAGAAGACAAGAAGACAAAGAAGAAACAACUAAAAAUAGAAAGAAAACAGGCUUAGAAGAUCCUAAAAAUCCUCAGAGCAGCAGAAGGAGGAAGGAGCAGGAUAAGAGGAAAAGACCAAAAAGCCCAGAAGAUCCGUUGGAAGGUGGAAGUGGAAGCGCACAGAAGAAAUCCCGUGUGGAUGGGAAAAGGUCAGCCCCCCUGGACAUACACAGUUACAGGUUCCACCAAGAGCUAGGAGAAGGCAUGUUUGGACAGGUGAUGUUGGCAUCAUAUACACCAAAGAAACAACUCGUGGCAAUUAAGACGGUGCCCAAACAACCCAGCAAGGGCAACUUUACAUGCAUCAUGAAAGAGGCCAGACUCCUAAAGAUCGCCAGAGGAUGCCCCUUUCUAUGCCACUCCCAUGCCACAUUCCAGUCCGAGCUGCAUGCCUUCUUUGUGCUCGAGUAUGCCGGCGGGGGAACACUGCACAAACUGAUUUCCGACCAAGGAAUUCUGUCGAUGAACAACAUCCAGUUCUACACUGCAGAGAUGGUGAUAGCCCUACAGUUUCUGCACUCCAAUGGCAUCAUUCAUCGAGAUCUCAAGCCUGAAAACAUUUUGGUGGAUAACAAUGGACACAUCAAGAUCUGUGACCUUGGCCUCGCUGUUGAAGGAGUGUUCGACGCAAAGAAGAUCAGCGGAUUGACAGGAACACCUGGAUACCGUGCGCCGGAGGUUUUGUCAUUGGAGAAGUAUAACGCUGGAGUGGACUGGUGGUCAUUCGGUGUCAUCAUGUACGAAAUGGCCACUGGCAGACAGCCAUUUGCCCCAUCACUGGUUUCUGCUCAGGAGCUGUUUGAGAUUAAGGAGAAGAAGCUCGAAUAUCCGCGUCACAUGAGCCAGGAAAUGCUGGACCUUCUGCCAAAGCUUCUGGAGAUGAAUAAGAACAAACGCUUAGGAUUAAAUGGUAACAUCAGGAAGCACCCAUUCUAUGCCAGAAUCAACUGGAGCCAGCUGGAAAACAGAAAAAUAAAGGCACCUUUCCAGCCCAAAAUUCCACCAGUAGAUAAGUUAACAGUGAUUCAUCCAGCAUUCUGCUCUGAGACAACUAAGCAAAAGAGAGCAAAUGUGGAAGAUUUCUCCGAUGUGGAUUCCAACUGGAAUUGGCAGGAGUAAAGCAUUUUCUGUGCUCAUGUGGACUAACCUCAAACAACCUGUACAGCAAGUGAUGAUGGCAACAUACCAUCCAUGGCCAAUUCCAUAUAUGAACAUCAGAUCUGCCAUCUACUGUCUACUGCAAGUGUUUGCCUGUAAGGCCAUCUACACCAACACCACAUGGGAUCCUUGACAAAGUGCACACAAGACAUCUUAAGAGGCCCCACAGAAGAAAGGAAUAGCUGCGAACCGGACUUUGUAAAUGGAGAAAUCUAGCAGACCCUUGGACAAGGGUUAAAUGUAUACUGAACAUACAGUGCACUGUUGAUUAACACCAUUCAGUAUACUUCAGUUUUUUAUAUAGGGUAAGGUAAGUGGUAAGUAUAGCAUUAAGUUUUCUUUCUUUUCUAUCUUUCCUCCCAAUCUUUUACGGUGUUCUUAUAGAUCUUAUGUUAUAUAGAAAUAGAAAUGUUGUACAAGUUAAUGCAAAAAAAAAA